CAAAAGUUCUCUUUGAAUUCAUUCAUUUCUUUCAACAUGAAGUUGAUUGUUCUUUUCGUGGGUCUAUGUGUCUCUGUUGGGGUGUUGUGCAGCCUGCCCGAUCAGGUCGAAGUUGGGUUACCAGUUUCAAGUCUUAGGGGCGAUAUGUUAGCGCCGAGUUAUAAACGAACAGCAAUUCGACAUAAGAGAGUACUUCCUUUUAUUUUCGGUGGUUUAAUAGCAAUAGCUAUAGGGGCUAUUGCUGUCGAAAAUGCAAUGAUAGACAAUAUUAGCGAUAAACCCGGAAUACCGCCAUCUCAACGAAGUGUUCGUGAAUCGCUUGCGAGGGUAAAUGGACUGAUGAAUAGUUUUUAUGAGAAAUUCGACGAUAAAAAUAAAUUGUGCAGCCCCAAAGUGAAUCGCCAUAAAAGACAGCUAAGACCCAGUAAUUUCAAUUGCCCCCUACCCGAAUUAACCGCCGCCGGGCGAAACUAUUUUAAUAGGAUAGAAGAAUUAGCUGCCGAACUACGCGGUAGGCCAGAAGCCGUAACCACUGACGUGUCGAAUGAUAAUAGACACGCAGUUCUUGACUAUACUACGAUAAGAGCUCCAGCAAACCAAAAUCACCCACAACCCAUUGACUUGACCGUCACGAUCCGAGCUAAUCUGACGUAUGAUAACACGGCACAAAAUCUACGAGCAUCAUCUAUACAUCCAGCGAUUACAGAGCGUAUGCAAGAAAUGGAUUGGUAUCACGGAGGUGAUCGAAAUACCAAUGAUGAACGCGGUCAUCUUUUGGCGGACUCUCUAGGAGGGCCUAGUCUACCAUGGAAUUUCGUUCCACAAAGUCCAUCAGUAAAUCGUGCGGCUUCAAUUAGAGGUAGCUUACAAGAUACUUUUUGUUGGUUUGACCUCGAAGAGGAGACCCGAGCACUUCUGCGAGAAAAUCAAAACCAUUACGUCAUUUGGACGAUCUUAGUUGGUUAUGGAGGGUUACCAACUUCGCGCCGCCCAACGGGCUUUAUGAUUUCGGUACGAUUGAUGACUUCCGACCAUCAGUUCAGGAGCUAUCGCAUGUUUCUGAUUCCGAACGUACCUUCGGAUGCCUGCACUAAUCGCAACCACCCAUACUGGCAUUUGCAAUAAAAUCAAAAUGGAAUA